AUGCAGCAUCAAGUACAAUUACUUAAGCAACCUUUUAAAACGCCCUUCAAACAUCAAACCGAAAACGAUAAGAAUCAAAACCGUAUCAAGUUUAAAUCCGUGAAAUCUUCCGAAAGAAAUAUGAGUAAACGCUCUCGACCAGUAUAUGCUUAUGCCGACGACAGUGAUAAUGGUCAUGUAUCAGAAGAUGGAGACUCUUACAAUGGCGAUAGCGGCAGUGAUUUUGACUCUGGACCUCCACGUAAAAAGACUAAAUCAUCAAAUUCAGCGAGAAAACCAUUAUCUAAUUUAUCUACAAACACUACCCCGAUUACGAGAAAACGCGCAGAUAAAUCCACAGUUCGUGAUCCGAUUAAAGUUCUUGGAUCAAAGUUUAAAAUACCUAGUUUUGCAAAAAAAGUGAUUAAUGGAAUGGAUUCUAUGGGAAAGACAAACAUUGGGACGCUAGGAAUACGUUCUAGAGAGCUGUUUAGUACAAGAACUUGUUUGUAUGACCAUACAGCAGAAGAUGCACUUAUAUUAUAUGAUCCGGAGGAGGAAGAUGAUGUGAAAGGGGGGAAAGAGCAACCGAAGGAAAAGCCUGUGGUAAAAGCCAAAUCUGUUGCGGAUAUUUUAGGCAUCAGAGUAGUUAAGCAUAAGAAAGUUCACGUUGUUGUAGAUCCCUGUCUGUCGAGCGUUCUUCGUCCUCAUCAAGUCGAGGGUGUAAAGGUACGAUCAUUAGAGUUUACGUGUAUGGCGGUAUUAUCUGGAGAUUACCAGCUUAUCGAAAAAUUUUUGGUGUGUAUUAUGGCAGACGAGAUGGGUCUUGGCAAGACUCUACAAUGUAUUGUUCUUCUUUGGACCCUACUUCGCCAAUCUCCCGAGCCGAACAAAGGCACCAUUGAUAAGUGCAUAAUAGCCUGCCCUUCAAGUUUGGUGCGUAACUGGGCGAAUGAGUUGGUGAAAUGGUUGGGUUCGACAAAAAUACGUCCGUUGGCUGUCGACCACAAAGGCGUGAAGGAAAGCUUAAUACGAGAUCUUAGGCAUUUUGCGAGCGCACAAGGACGUUCUAUAAUGAAUCCAGUACUGAUAAUAUCUUACGAGACACUUCGUACUCACAUAGCCGAGCUGCAGAACUGUCAAAUUGGUUUAUUGUUAUGCGAUGAGGGUCAUAGAUUAAAGAAUUCGAAUUCAUUGACCUUCCAGGCGUUAAACUCUUUACAAGUACAACGACGAGUAAUAUUGUCCGGAACGCCCAUACAAAACGACUUGUCGGAAUACUUCUCCCUGCUGAACUUUGCUAAUCCUGGGCUGCUGGGCACCCCGGCUGAAUUUCGAAAAAACUACGAAAUUCCCAUUUUACGUGGUCGUGAUGCAGAUGCCAGCAAUACUGAGCGAGAACUAAGCGAUCAAAAGCUGACAGAAUUAUGGGGAUUUGUCAGUAAAUUUAUAAUAAGAAGGACGAAUGAUAUACUAUCAAAAUAUUUACCCGUGAAAUACGAGCAUGUAGUCUUCUGUAGGCUAAGUGAAUUUCAGACUAAGCUAUAUAAUCUAUUUUUGACGUCUCCAGAAAUUAAGUGCCUGUUGCGCGGAGUUGGCUCCCAGCCGUUGAAAGCUAUCACUAUGCUAAAGAAACUCUGCAACCAUCCCGAUCUUCUCAAUUUACCACGAGAUCUUUCUGGAUCCGAACGCUGUUUUCCUGAAGGCUAUUCAAUUAAGGAGAAGGUGCGACAUGUGAGACCAGAGUUCUCGGGCAAGAUGACGAUUUUAGCCAGGUUCGCCUCCGAGACACCCGAGAUAUCUGAGAAUGAGAUGCUAGAAAAGAUACGGAACGAGACAGAUGAUAAGAUUGUGUUGAUAUCAAAUUACACUCAGACACUUGAUUUAUUCGAGAAAUUAUGUCGCAACAGAAAGUAUGGCUGCUUGCGGCUCGAUGGCUCAAUGUCGAUACAGAAGCGUCAGAAGCUGGUAGACAGAUUUAACGAUCCGGAAGGAAAAGAGUUUGUAUUCUUACUCAGCAGUAAAGCUGGCGGAUGCGGACUCAAUUUAAUUGGUGCCAAUCGGUUGAUACUAUUUGAUCCAGAUUGGAAUCCGGCUGCGGACCAACAGGCCCUAGCGCGCGUAUGGAGAGAUGGUCAAAAGAAAAACUGUUUUAUCUAUCGAUUCAUAGGAACUGGAACCAUCGAAGAAAAAAUUUUCCAACGUCAAUCUCAUAAACAAUCUCUUUCAUCAUGUGUGGUGGACGAAGAUGCAGAAGUUGAACGCCAUUUCUCGCUGGAAUCUCUUCGCCAAUUGUUUCAGUUUAACCCCGAUACUAUGUGUGAGACUCACGGCACCUUUAAAUGCUCGAGAUGCAUUGAUGGUGUGCAGAAAGAGGCGAGCAAAUGCAUGAACUAUGGAGACACGAGCACAUGGAACCACUUUACUGGAAGUGAUGAUCUCGAGGACAUACACGAUUCGAUAUUAAGAGAAGCGAAUGAUGGAAUCGUUUCAUACGUUUUUGAGUAUAUAUCACACUGA